UAUGGUCAUUUCCAUAACUUUUUGUGUAUAUGUACAUGCUCAGAUAAUCCAAAACAUUUGCAUAUUAUAUCUUCAAACAAUACAAGAAACACAAUCCAAACAAAAACCGAACUUUUGUUUUCUAAAUGGUGAGAAAUUCAAUGAAGGCUGAGUACGAUCUUGAUCAUCUUCCUCAUCAAAGCUUCUAUGGAGAUAAUUCAAGAACUUUGGUUCCUAUGAACAAGAACUCCCAAAUAAUCACCAAGAUCAAGCGUAAGAUCCGUAUCAUCCAUAUAUUUGCACCGGAGAUUAUCAAUACUGAUGUCAAGAACUUCCGUACACUCGUCCAAAGUCUAACCGGAAAACCGGAGAUCACCAAAACGGGUUCUAAGAAAAAGAUAACGAGAACAAAUAUUCCUGCGCCACCGCCUCCACUUCAAGAAUCCAGGUCAGAACAUACGGCAGAGCCGGUCAACAGUUUCAUAGGGAGCCACGUGGUGAAGGAAGAAUGGGGAUCAUGUUCAAACACAAACACUUACUUUGAUUUAGAUGGUUUGAUUGACCUUGACGAAGAGAACAACAUGUUUUCAAGUCGAUGGUUUGAUCUUCAAGAGCAAUAAUAAACUAGUCACACUUUGCCCUAAUAUCUAGGGCUUCAACUAAAACGUCCCUAUUGGUUCUAAUGAUUUAAUUAUUCGUUCUAUUUGGGAUGUAACACGACAUGGUUUAAUGACACAGUGACAUCAUGAUGAACGAGGUUGACGACGAUCAUCAUAUAAGUAGUGGGUAUAUACAUAGUUUGUAUAGAUAUACACUUGUGAUUAUUUUGUGCUCUUUGAAUUAAUUAACUUGGUAGACUGACUUUGCUAAAAACUGGUGUAGCAGUGUAACACGUUGUAUUCACGCGUGCGUGUAUUAAUUCCUUUGAUGUAUUUGUGAUUGACUUUUGCGUGGGAAUGAAUGUGCUGGAAUUGUUUUAUUAAUUCGUGGGAAAAAGAAGAAGAUAAAUAUAUGAUUAUUGGAAUCAAGCAAAGCAAAAAAAGAAGACCUUACACGAUAACUAUAGAAUUCUGGAUGUCAAUAUGUGCUCGAUGGGAAUCUUAACUCCUUCCGGACAAUCCAACCAAACCCAAGGAACUCUUGGUUAAUGAACAACUUGAUCAAAAAGAGAGGUAUUGUCUACAACUGGAUAAAAUUGAGAGUUGGAAAUGGUAUCACCUGUCUGGACAGAUAAUUGAUCAUCAUUUGGCUGCCUCAAGAGUUAUUUCUACAAUGACUCUAACUUCUCUCUUCGGUUAGCGGAGGAUGCAACUCUCUCAUCUAUAUACAGAGAUGGCAACUGGAUUCUUCCUCAUGCUCGGUCGGAGAAACAACUGAAUCUUCAAUCAUAACUAACAACACUUUCUCUGACAGAGAAUGAGGAUUACUAUGAGUGGGGAGUGGAAGUGGACGGUGCAAUAAGCUCUAGAUACUCUACGGGUCAGGUCUGCAGUGCUCUAUAUGGACAAUGUUAAGCUAGAUGAACUUCCAAACUAAAACCAAUUGGUGAUAAGUGGAGUGACACAUCUAUCUUAUAUAUUACUAAAAAUCUCUUCUAACAUCCGAUGUGGGAACUUUGUGUCUAAUAUGCGCUAUCAUACCUGAUGACAAAGAAGCAUGUGAACGAGCCAUGGAAUUCAUGUUUGGAUGGUGAGUGUUUUUCUCAUCAAAAUAUAAAACACACACACGUUCUUGACUCAUGACCGGAUAUGAAAUUUAUGAGAUCAUAAAUAUUUUUAGGUUAAUCUCAAUAAAAUUUUAUUAACAAUUUGGGGACUAUACGACCUUAAUAAAAAAUUUUUUUUUUAAUUUAGGACCAUUGCGAAGGUUUCAUUCGGCUGUAUUGAGAACCAGCAUAUCUUGACUUAAGAAUAUAAACAUA